UCGCUUCUCUGUUUCAAGAAACCACAAUGGCCAAGAAGAAGAAGACAGAAAACAACAACAGCAAGAGCAACAAAGAUGACUCCAUCACUGUGGUCUUGAAGGUCGACAUGCAUUGUGACGGUUGUGCUUCAAAAAUCAUUCGAAUGGUUCGCUCUUUCCAAGGUGUGGAGACGGUGGAGAGCAACGCCGGGAAGUUAACCGUCACCGGGAAAGUGGACCCCACUAAAUUGAGGGACAAGCUGGCGGAGAAGAUGAAGAAGAAGGUGGAAGUGAUCUCUCCGCAGCCCAAGAAGGAGAAGGAGGAGAACAAGGGCACCAAAACCGACAACAAAUCCGAGAAACAAACAGACAACCAAAAAACUAAAGACAAAGAGGUGUCGUCUGUUGUUCUGAAAAUGGCCCUGCAUUGCCAGGGAUGUGUGGAGAAGAUUCGUAAGAUUGUGUUGAAGACCAAAGGUGUUCAUGAGAUGACCAUAGACAAGGAAAAGGAUACUGUAACUGUGAAGGGGACAAUGGACGUGAAAUCUCUUAUGGAAAAUUUGAUGGAGAAGCUUAAGAGGAAGGUUGAGGUGGUCCCUCCCAAGAAAGACAAGGAAGGUGCUGGUGGCGAGAAGAAGAAGAAGGGUGGUGGUGGAGGAGGAGAUAAUAAUGAGAAGAAUGAGGAGGAAGGAGGAAAAAUAGAGCAGGGUAGGAUGGAGUAUUUGGCACCUGCAAUUGGAUUUGGUUAUGGGUAUGGUAAUUUUGGCGGCUAUAACUAUGGGCAAGUCCACCCAGAACAGUUCCACUUUCAGUUCAAUGCACACCCACCACAGAUGUUUAGUGAUGAGAACCCAAAUGCUUGCUCUGUCAUGUGAGGUGUCUGUGGUUUCAUUCAACUGGGUCAUGAUGAUGAUGGUCUUUGGCUAAUUUGAUGGCAGGGGAAACAGAAUAGAAAGUAGAAUCUUUCUAUUCUUUUUAGCUUUUCUUUUUUUCUUUUUUAAUUAAUUCAAUGGAAACUUUGAAAUGAGUUUGUGCUCUUAGUAAGAAAGGGUUUUGAUGGGAUUAACUAAUAACCAUUACUCUUGACAUCAGAUGGAUAUACCUAUUUCAGAAUUUGUUAUUAGCUAAGGGCGUAAUGUUAAUGAUAAUAUAAAAAUU